AUGUCGGUUCCCGCCUCCACAGACAGUAAUGGCAAUAUUAAUUCAGAUACACAAUCCACCUCUACAAUGAAGGAUCAAGCUGUAACCAACCCAACUAAUUCAAACGAAAUCAACAGUGACGUCUCCGAUGCUGAAUUUGAAGACGUUGACCUGGAAGAACCUCUUAGCGGUGCCUCUGGGUCGCAUCGUGUGGAAAAGGAGGGAUUGGACGAUGGCAUUGUUGAUGAAGAUGCCGAUGAUGAUAAUGAUGAUGAUGAUGAUGGAAAAGGUGGAAAAGUUCUGGUGAAACAUGAAGACCCUGAAUUGGGGCUCAAAAGAGAAGACGAUUUGGAUGGUGAUGACAUUGGCCUAAACGGCCUAAAGAAGGAGGAAGAUGUUAAUGAGCAAGAACAGCUUGAAGAUCAAGAAGACGAUCAAGGAGAGGAAGACGAGGAAGACGGAGAAGAAGACGAAGAUGAUGAUGAUGAAGAUGACGACGAAGACGAAGUUUCACGUAAGAGAAAAAAGAGAAGAUCUGGUGGAAACCAGUUUUUAGAUGUUGAAGCAGAAGUUGAUGAUGAAGAUGAGGAAGAAGAAGAUGAGGAGGAUGAACUAUUGCGUCAAGAGUUUCUUGCAGAUGACCAACAUCUAGAAUCGGUGGAAAAUGAAGCAUCAAGAUCUCAUAGGAAAUUGGAUAGAUCAAGAGAAAAACUGGCUGAACAAGACGCUCAGGCUUUGGCUGAUCAAUUCAAGGCAAGGUACGGUCGUUCGGCCUCGUCAAGGUAUAUGGGAUCAACUCAGAACAUUUCACAGCGUUUAUUAUUACCUUCUGUUGAUGAUCCUUUGAUUUGGGGUGUAAGGGUCAGAAACGGUAAGGAGAAGGAACUUGUCAGACAAGUAUAUGCGAGAAUGUUAAAUUUGAAAGGUACUGAAGGUGUUUAUUCGGUUUUCCAAAGAGACAAUUUCCAAGGUUAUAUCUAUAUUGAAGCUGUUAGAAUGGAUGCUGUUAAUCAUAUUCUAUCCGGCUUACCGGGCAUUUACAAUAAUGUUGGUAAGGUCUUGGUUCCAAUUGAAGAAUAUCCAGAUUUAUUAAGACCAGGUAGAUCCCAAGAGAGUAGGCUAAAGCCAGGAUCUUAUGUUAGAAUCAAAACUGGUAAAUAUAAGGGUGAUUUGGGUAUUGUAGAUAAUUUAGCUGAAAAUGAUUUGGAGGCUAGAAUCAAAUUAAUUCCGAGAUUGGAUUAUGGUAGAUCAAACACGUCAAUUAUUGAUCCAACAACAGGUAAAAAGAAAAUUCUAAAUUUCAAUUCUAAAUUCAGGCCUCCUCAAAGGUUAUUCUCCGAUAUUGAAGCAGCCCAAUAUGAUAGGGAACACUUGACUACUGCGAAAAGAGAUAGAAACUAUUAUAUUUACAGAAAUGAAGAAUAUAUCAAUGGUUUCCUUUAUAAGGAUAUCAAAUUAAGUCAAUUGGAAACCCAAAAUAUUAAACCAACAUUACAUGAAUUAACUCUAUUCAAUUCAAUGAAGGAUUCAGAUGGUAUUGAUUUGCAAACGGUUGCAUCCACUUUGAAAAAUGCCGAUUUAAAUGCAAUCACUUUUCAACCAAAUGACAGAGUUGAAAUCACUAGUGGUGAGCAGUCUAAAAUGAAGGGUAGAGUUUUAUCAAUUGCGGAAGCCAAAAUCGCAAGGGUUCUAUUGGAAGGUAAUGAAGAAUAUAAUGAUGUUAACAAUACAAUAGUUGAAGUUCCCACAACCUCUUUAAGGAAAAUCUUUUUGCCUGGUGAUCAUGUUACCAUUAUUCAUGGUGCUCAUAAGGAUGAAAGUGGUUUAAUUGUCAAUAUCAAAGAUAACCAAGUCACUUUAGUUUCAGAUCAAACUAAAAAGGAUAUCAGGGUUUUCCCUAAUUAUUUAGUUACCUCAACGGAUUCUUCCAAUUUAUCAUCGAAGGUUGGUAGAUUCGAACUACAUCAAAUGGUCAACUUAUCUGCUAAUAGGGUCGGAAUUAUCAUCAAGGCAGAAAAGGAAAUUUUCAAGAUCUUAUGUACCGAUGGACGUGUCUUGGACCUUCCACCAAAGAAUAUCGUUUCAGCAUUGGAGAUUAACAGAUUGACUGAAAAAACUACUGAUAGAAACGGCUUAGAAAUCAAGGUGGGAGACGUUGUCAAGGAAGUUGGUGGUGAAAAGAGACAAGGUAAUAUUAUGCAUAUUUACAAAUCCUAUUUAUUCUUACAUUCAAAGUCAGUCUAUGAAAAUACAGGUAUAUUUGUUACAGAUUCAAACUCUGUUCAGACAAUUGCUAGUAAGGGUUCUAUUUCCUCUUCAUUCAAAGGGCCAGACUUGACCAAGAUGAAUCCAAAUCGAAUGAUGGCACCCCCACCAACAGCAGUUAUCAAUCAAUCGAGAUUUGGUGGUCGUGAUAUGACCCUUAAUCAACAUGUCUCUGUUAGGAAAGGGCCUUACAAAGGUAAGAAGGGUAUUAUAAAGGAUGCAAGUGGCGAUGUUGCCCGUGUUGAGAUGCAUAAUCCUGCUAAAAUUAUUCCAAUUAAUAAAUCAGACUUAUUAUUUGAAUUGAGGCCUGGUCAGUAUGUGCCAUAUGAACAAUUUCUUGAAAAUUACAGAGGCAGAAACGGUGGUGGAUCGUUCAGGCAAUCUAACUUCCAUGCUUCCCAUGGCAGACCAUCACCUCAUGGAUCAUACAAUAAUGCCGGUUAUUCGGGGGGUUAUAAUAAUGGUAUGAAUCCAAGAAUGGUUAGUAAUGGCCCAACAGUUGGUGGUGGUAAGACGCCAAGUUGGUCAAGUGGUGCAGGCGGUAAAACUCCUGCAUGGGAAUCACAACAAGGGGGCAAGACACCAAGUUGGUCUAGCAAUUCUGGUGGUAAGACCCCUGCUUGGGGUUCAUCGACUUUCGGUGGGAAAACUCCGGCAUGGAGUUCCUCUACUUCUGGUGGUAAAACACCGGCGUGGGGAUCGUCUACUUCUGGUGGUAAAACACCGGCGUGGGGAUCGUCUACUUCUGGUGGUAAAACGCCAAGCUGGUCAAGCGGUGCAGGCGGUAAAACACCAAGUUGGACGUCCAACGGUAGUAAAACUCCAGCUUGGGGCAAUGGAGGAAACAAAAGUGUUUGGGGUGGUGCCGAUGAUUCCAAUGGUGGAAAUACUGAAUACGGUAACCUGGGUGAUCGUAGUGUUUGGGGUGGUCAAUCUCGUUCAAAGAAUAUGGAUUGGGGGGCUGCUUCAAACCUUGGAGACUGGGAUGCACCGAACACCUCUUCUACAAUCAAAAAGGAAGAAGAUUGA